AUGGAAGGCUUCCUCUCUUCCUCAAAGCGUGAAAAUCCGACUUUUAAGCGAAAUCUUGCAAUAAUUGCAGCUAUUGGAGUCAUUGGAUAUCAUUUCUACAUUAAAAACUCCCUAUAAAUCCUUAUUCCAAGAUUCCAUUUUUAGUAAAAAAUAGCUUUAUGCUUAAAUUCAUAUAAAUUUCCUUUAUUUAUUCAGAAUAAUUGGAACUUUUGCUUAUUUGCAAUCUUCAAGGGCUUCUCCAUCACUUCUUGACCAAUAUCAAUCUGAAGAAAGUGAAUUCCAAGAAUUCAUCCAAAAAUACAACAAGGAAUACACCCCAGAAGAAUACGAAAUCCGUUUCCAAAUCUUCCAAGACAACCUUGCCUUCAUAAGAGUCCAAAACUCCUUAAAUCGCGACUGGGUACUUGGAGUCAAUGAAUUUGCUGAUUUGACUAUGGAAGAAUUCAGAAAAUAUUACCUUAGCCCUAUGCAAUUUUCUAUAGCAUGAUUUUUGGUCGAUUUUUUUUGUUUUAUGCUAGCUAGUAUUUAGUCUAGGAAAUAUAUAGCAGUUUUUAGUGACAAAAUUCGAGGAAAUCUUUAAUGAAAUUUAUCCUAUUUUACCAAGAUAAAUCCUUUAGCCUCAAUUUUCGGAUCACCCAGAAUAUUCCAAUUCUGAAAGCUUAAAACUCCCAUCCUCUGUAGAUUGGAGACAAUCAGGUGCUGUAACUGUAGUCCAAAACCAAGGAAGAUGUAGCUGCGCCUAUGCCUUCGCCACAACAGGAGCUGUAGAAGGUGCUUGGAAAAUUUUUAAUGGGACUCUAGUCCAGCUUUCUGAACAAGAAAUCAUUGACUGCUCCAGGAAUUUCGGCAACAGAGGAUGUGAAGGUGGCUCAACUGACAGUGCUUAUAAAUACAUGAUAAAGAACGGAAUCACCUCAGAGACAAAAUAUCCAUUUAUGGCUCAAAACGGGCUCUGCAAAAUCAGUUUAGUCUCAGAAAGUGUUGCUGAAAUAAGCAAUUUUACUGAUAUUUAUCCAAAUGAUACAGUUGGAGUCGAAACUGCAGUGGCUCAGCAGCCAGUUUCUGCGAAUGUGCAAGCUGAUGAAGCAAUUUGGAAGUAUUAUAAAGGAGGAGUUAUUACUUCAAAUUGUGGAACCAAUUUGGAUCAUUCUGUGCUGAUUGUGGGGUAUAAUCUUACUAGUUCUCCUAAUUAUUGGAUUGUUAAGAACUCAUGGGGGCCAAGCUGGGGUGAGCAAGGAUAUAUUAGAAUCGCUAUUAAGGCUGGGCCAGGUGUUUGUGGCAUCCAAAUGCAUGCUUCUUAUCCUACAGCAGUGAAUAGGCUUUAA